AUGGGCUUGAAGGCUUCCUUUUUGGAUCCACGAAUGUUAAAGUUAUUUUCAUUUGCAACCAUUCAAGAGCAAAAAGAAACUGAAGACCAAAUCCACACCAAAUUAUUAUCACUAAAAUAUCAGCUAACUGAUUUAAAUAAUAAUGAAGAAACAGAAAGAAACUUAGUAACUACCAAUGAAGAUUCUCAAGAUUCUUUAAGUGCUGAACUAUGGGGAUUAUGUUCAAUACCUGAUCAAGACAUUACUGAAGACGAAUUCACUUGUUAA